UAUUCUAUUGUAAUUUUAUUUAGCCAUGAAACAAGCAACUGAGUGAGUAUAAACAUUAAUCAUUUCAGAAAAUGGCGGAAUUCGUUUUAUUUGAGAGAAUAAUUUUGGCCAGUUCUUUUGUUAUCUGCGUUUUUUGUAUAUGGACAAAUUAUUGUGCAGCAGUUUCGGCAUCUGAUUUGCAAAAAUUUCGUUGUUAUGAUGGAUUCUGUAAGGCUGUGGCUUGUGAAAGCAUCACGAAUUGUUCCAAGGGUCGAAUUAUACCAAAUGCCUCGUACUGUGGAUGUUGCGAUGCAUGCAUUAAAAUUUUAGAAGAAAAUGAAGAAUGUGAUGAACAUCUGAUGGGUUCUUUAAGAGACAUCAAGGCGCCAAGAUGCAAAGAUGGAUUAAAGUGCAUAAAUGGAAAAUGUACCCAAGAUGAUAAUGUAAAAGGCCCAUGUUUGCUUCUGCUAAACUUAAUGAAAGAAAAACGUACCGAAGAAGAUUUCGCUGAUGAUCUGUGGCUUCCAGAAUGUGACGAAAACGGAGGUUUCAAAGCGAAGCAAAUCAAAAAGAGAAAGGCCUUAUGCUACAACAGACAAGGAGAGAAACUAUAUGGUCAAGAAGAACCAGAAUUCGCUUCAAACAUGACUUGUGGCUGCUCUCGUCAUCUGGAUAACUUAAGAAAGGAGAAUCCCAUUUCUUUCAAUACUAUGCCUCAAGAGCAUUGCACCGAAACGGGAGAUUUUGAACGAAUGCAGUGCAUUGGCGAUUUAUGUUUCUGUGCCAGUCCUGUUACUGGGGAAGUUAACAGCAGAGUUGUCAAAACAGCUUACAUCAGUAGACUACCAUGCUACGACAAAAAGCCCCACGGUAAAGGCAUUCUCAAAGAAUGUGAAAAGGAAUUGCAAAGGACCAGGUUCCUUCGUUUUUAUUUCUUUCAGAAGGGACUAGAGAUUUUUGGGCUGGAAACACUUCGGUGCGAUUUUGAUGGAACUUUCGCCUCUAGGCAAUGUGAUUCGACUGAAUGCCGAUGCACUGACGAAAGAGGAAUUAGUAUCAAAAGUUAUUACAUUGGACUCAAAGAUUAUGAAAAUUUACAAAGAGAAAUGACGUGUGAUUGCGCUAGGGAUGUUGAAACUGUCGCUUCUCAUCGCCAAUAUCCUGCACUGAAAUGUGAAAGUUUUGGAAAUUACCGUCGACUUCAAUGUUUUGAAGACGACCAGUGUUUUUGUGUUGAUGAAGAUGGUGACAUUAUAUCUAGAUUGUGGAAUAAAACUGAAUUGCAAGACGAACAUUGCGCCGAUAUCCUAAAAUAUUUGUAUUUACUUUCCUAAUACCAUUUAUAUAAUAGUUAACGGUAAAGAAAAAAUUAGAAAUUCUAAAUGAAAUGUAUUGUGAGAAAUUUUAUCUGCAUAAGUUUUAAGCAUUGAUUAGCAUUUUUAUACGCUUUUAUUUAACUUGACUUGUUUCACGUUUCUAAAAUAACUUGUAAUCGAUUUUUCGAAUAACUUAUAAUCGAAUAACUUGUAAUCGAUCGAACUUGUUUUUAUAAUAAAGAUCUGAAGUUAUGCACACCUGGAUGUUCUCGGUCAUAGUGCAAUAU